GACACUGAAGUUCUCGGGAGUUCAGUAUCUUCGCCAUUUCAAGUUUCUCGAUUGGGGAAGAAAGGAAAUUGCAGUAAUCGAAGUGUAUAAAUACACAGUAAAGAGAAAACAAUGUCGGAAACUUCGUCGCAAAGCCAAUCACCGCCGGAGGAUUCAAUCGGCCGUUACUUCCUUGAUAUCUGGAGCCAAAAUUCCAAAACCCUAUCCCUAAGAGCCAGUAGCGGAACUGAAUCCGCAUUCGAAGAGGAGAGGGAGGAAUCUCCGACGGCGUUGGAUACGGUUAAAAGCUCCGGCGGGUUCUCGGUCGUCGGCGCCGACAAGCUCUCGCUUACAUAUCCGAACGAUCAGUUGCAUGGACACGACGUCGGAGUGGUGCAGGCGAAUUGCCCUGCACCGUCGAAGCGGUUGGUGUAUUAUUUUGAAAUUUCUGUAAAGCAUGCUGGGGUGAAGGGGCAGAUUGCAAUCGGAUUUACUACCUCUGCUUUCAGACUCCGCCGUCAACCAGGCUGGGAAGCAAAUAGUUGUGGAUAUCAUGGUGAUGAUGGACGUCUUGAUCGUGGACAUGGGAAAGGAGACGUGUGUGGCCCACCCUACACAGCUGGUGAUACGGUUGGUGGUGGUAUCAAUUAUGCAACAGAGGAAUUCUUUUUCACGAAAAAUGGAGUUGUUAUAGGCUCGGUGUAUAAGGAUGUCAAGGGUCCAGUGUAUCCUACAGUUGCUGUUCAUAGCCAAAAUGAGGAGGUAUCUGUAAACUUUGGACAGGAUCCAUUUGUCUUUGAUCUUAAAGCAUAUGAAGCAGAACAAAGAACUAAACAACAGAUAAAAAUUGAAAAUACCUCAAUACCACAGGAUGCCAGUUACGGAAUAGUUCGAUCCUACUUGCAACAUUAUGGAUAUGAAGAGACUCUUAAAUUGUUUGACAUAGAUGGUAGAAAUACCAUGCCUCCCAUCUCUGUAAUUCCAGAAAAUGGUGAUAGUGAGGAAGACAGCAUCAGCAUGUACGCCUUGAAACAGAGGAAUACUGUUCGUCGGUUGAUAAAGUCUGGUAAUAUCGAUGAGACGUUUUCUACACUUCAGAAAUGGUAUCCACAGAUUGUGCAGGAUCACACCUCAGCUAUUUGCUUUAUGCUACAUUGUCAAAAGUUUAUUGAGCUUAUCCGGGGGGGAAAGCUAGAAGAAGCUAUAGUAUAUGGCAGAGGUGAAUUUGACAAGUUCAAGGACUUGUCAGGGUUCGAUGAUCUUGUUAAGGAUUGUGCUGCCUUGCUGGCGUACGAAGACCCGAGCAGGUCAUCUGUUGGAUACCUUCUUUCAGAAUCUCAACGGGAGCUGGUAGCUGAUGCAGUGAAUGCCAUGAUUUUAUCAACCAACCCGAAGAUGACAGAUGUCACCUCUUGCAAGCAGUCCCGUCUGGAGAGGCUAAUAAGACAGGUCACAGCUUGCUUUUUGGAGAAGAGGAGCUUGAAUGGUGAUCAGGGUGAAGCCUUCCAAUUGAGCCAAAUUUUGAACAGUGCUACAAAGUGAUCUUGUUACUUAGGAGAGCUGCUGCUUUAUUUUUCCCUUUUUUUUUUUUUUUGUGUGUGUUUGUGCAUAUUAUUGUUUAGUUGACCUUGUUUGACCACCUCGUUCUCCGGUUGUUAUGUCGGAUUACUGUAGUUAAUAACGAAGGUCUAAUACUUCCGUGAUAUGAUUUGUGCAGUACUCUGGUUUAUGUUUACAUGAAACUGGAAAGUAGUAUUAGCUGAAUGAUGAUUGUACAGGUUUAAUUCUCUUUGUUAUGCUUUAAUUCAUAA